CACUCUUAAAUUCUUGAUAAUUGACUUCAAAGCCGUUCAAAGUCAUCUUUGAAAUAUCGCCAUAAUAACACCCAAUUUACAAGAAUACAUCGACGGUAUCAAGCGGAAACAUACCGGUCGAAGUGACAGAUAUUGAGAAUAAGUGCUCUGCGACACCUCGCGAUCGCCAAGACGUUGUCGAUGAUGGGACCGUCGCAUUGAUAUUCUAAUCUAGCGCAAAGUGAAUACGCCCCCAACUCAUUUGAACGCAUUUGAACGCAUUUGAAAAUGUCGAACCCACAUCCUGGAUUGAUAAUCCCGCCCUCUCGCAGUGCCAGCAUUGCAAAUGGGCCACCCAGCGGGGGGAUGCCCCCGACUCCGAUACAAUCCCAUGGACCAGGGCAGAGCCCAGGAACUCCUUCACAGCAGAACCUGAACCAGAUAGUGCUUGAGUAUCUGAACAAGAAGGGGUACAGCAGAACCGAAGCUACACUGCGGAAAGAGUCGCACACCAUCGAUGGUGGAAAUCGCGAAAAGCCACGCGUUGACGAUCUAGGUGGCGAGAAGUACCCUGCUUCGUUUGAGCUCUUCAACACCUGGGUCACAGACAGCUUGGAGCUGUACAGAGUCGAACUCAAGCGGCUGCUAUGGCCUUUGUUCGUCUAUUCCAUCCUCAGUCUUUCUCUGGAAUUUUAUCCGAAGCAGUGUGGAGAGUUCUACGACAAGUUUAAGGAACUCUUCGAGAAAGAGCAUGAAGAUGACCUUCGUCAACUUGCUUUGAUUACGCUCCCAGAGCACGUGGAAAACAACAACCUGGCGAAGGACUAUCGCAACAACAAAUACCAAAUUACCAUCACCGAUGGCGCAUUUCAUCCACUCAUCCAAUUUUUGGAAGCAAAAGAGGCAGAGGGAGGCUCGGUCAUCAUGUUCCUCAUAAGCACCUACAUGACUAUCCGUCACAGGAAUCGAACUGAAGCUGGCCAAGAGCGGAGUCUUGCCGCAAUGCUUGCGUCUCGAGGCAUCGACGACUCGUUUCCACCAGAAGACGAGGGGAUUCCCGGACACAUGGCCGGGUCAGCCAACACCGAUCCGAACGCGCCAAACGUGCUGCCUCGACUGCAACUGGGACCAUUGCCAAUGGAUGAUGAUGCCAUGGAAGAUGUUCGAGCAGCACUGCAGGAUGAAGAUUCACGUGACCCACCAGGUCCAGGCGAACGAUCCUAUGUUGAUGAGUUCGAAGCUCACAUCAAGCGCGAACCUACCGAAGAUGCACCUCCGCGAACAAAAAUCCCUCUACCUCCUCCGUUGGCUCGGGACGUCGCAAUGGAAGUGCAACGAAUCAAAGAAAACCGAGAUCGGUUCAAGAUCGAGGGGGUGACUGGUGGCGUUGGGCCUGGAGUUAGUGUCAUUAUGUACACUUUCCACAACACUUUCGACACAACUAACUGCAUCGAUAUCUCGGGUGACUAUAAAAUGGUGGCUGCAGGGACUUCCGAGUCUUACAUCCGAGUCUGGUCUCUUGAUGGCAAACCACUUCCAUCUCUCGCGAGCCAAAUCUCCGGCGAACAAACCAAGCCAUCCGCAUCUCAACGGUUAGUCGGCCACUCCGGGCCAGUCUUCGCGGUCUCCUUUUCACCAUCAACCGUCAACCCUAGCACCGAUGCUGAGGCUCCUACUACCCACUCACGCUACCUCCUUUCCUCAUCAGGAGACGGCACAGUCCGACUGUGGUCCAUCGACGCCUGGGCAUGUCUUGUUGUCUACAAAGGUCACGCCGGGCCGGUUUGGGAUGUCCGAUGGGGUCCGUACGGGCACUACUUCGCGACCGCCUCCCAUGAUCGUACUGCACGACUUUGGGUGACAGAUCAUGUCGAACCGCUCCGGCUCUUCGUCGGCCACGACGACGACGUCGACCAGAUCGUCUUCCACCCGAACAAUGUCUACGUGUUCACCUGCUCCAGCGACAAGACGGUGCGCAUGUGGGACAUCGUCACCGGGCGACCGAUGCGCAUGUUCACGGGCUUCACGGGGACCAUCACGGCGCUCGCCUGCUCGCCCAACGGCCUCACCCUCGCGACCGCCGACGACAGUGGUACGAUCAUGCUCUUCGACCUGCAUAGCGGGCGACGCGCUCGACGCAUGCGCGGACACGGCAAAGGCGGCAUCUGGAGCCUAUCCUGGAGCGUGGAGAGCACCGUACUGGUAUCCGGGGGUAUGGACGGCACGGUGCGGGUAUGGGACUGCGUGCAGCGGGCCGUAGACAACACCAACUCGGCGGUGGUGAACGGAAAGGUAGUGCCGGUCGACGGAGCCACGGGCGCAAUCAACGCCAAGAUCGAUACGGCGGCUACACCCGGCGCGGGCCCGGGGGCGAUUACCACGUCGAAGAAAGGCAAGGGGGCGAAGGACACCGUGGUGACGAGCGAUCAGAUCAGUGCGUUUCCGACGAAGAAGAGCCCGGUCUACCACGUCAUGUUCACAGGGUCGAACUUAGUGAUGGCGGCUGGCGCAUAUCUUCCUUAAAGUUUGGGACCGCGUGCAGGAGAGGACUUCGGGCUUGUCCACCGAACUUAGGGCUCGACGGGCGAAAUUAAGUGCGAGGUAUACGACGGGCCAUUACACUUUCCAAGACGAAUUCAUCGGAGUCGGCUGCUUUGGAGUUGGCUGCUUUGGAGUUGGCUGGGAGGUUGGUGGCGAAAGCGACACGUUGCUUCUGAGUGUUUAGCAUACUGGUGGGAUUACUUAGUCUUCGCCGAAGGGAUUUGACACCGCAUGACUCUAAGGACUAAUACCGGAAAAAUUUCAUUCAGAUCCAAAAACUGCCGUGUACUCUGCAGGAGGCAGCCUCGAGGUUGCCAUGCUGCAACCAUUGCCUAUGUUGCCUUUGUCUGCGAAC